CUAAUGUUAGUGUUAUUGUGCUAACGUUAACGUUUGUGUACUGUGCUAACAUUGACAGUUUCAGCUCAGUGGACAGCAAAGCAAGCCAGGGUCAAUUCAAAACAAAACGUCAAGAUGGCAGAGAGUGAUGAGGACCAUCGCAGCCAUCGGAGGAAUAAGUUUGACCAUGAGAGGGGUGACUACCCUUCUCGAGAGAGGGAGCUUCGGCGUAGAGACCACCACAAAAACAGGGUGCGGGACAGAAGCCGGGAGCGAGACCGGAAGGAGCACCGACGGCACGAGAAGGGUCGUAGGCACCACGAGAAAGGUCAUCGACAUCGUGAGCGGGGUCAUGGUGAGAAGAGCCACCGUGAGAGGGACCACGGGUACUAUGAGAAGAACGAGCGGUUCUCCCCUCCGGAGCAGAACACAGGGUUCCGUCUGCCACUUAAACACAUGAGAACAGACUGGGAUGAUGUUGGUGCGGAACCUUGCCAUGGAGGCGGUGAUUUUAGAGCCAAGCUUGGAGACAGGGGCGUUCAUCGCCAUCCUCUUCACCCAUGGGUGCCCCCUGAAGCUUCUUCCAUGCAGCAGAACCAUGGCAACUACAUACCGCACAGGUUCAGCGGCUCCCCCGAUGGCGUCCCUGGCCGUCCCCCCGUGGUCCUGCAGAGCUUUAAGGAGUUCCUGCUGUGUCUGGACCCAGCGGUGGGGGAAGUGGACGCGGUCAGGUGCUACACUGAGUACAAAAUGGCCUUCAGGAGGCAGCAGAUGGAGGCCUUCUUCCUGGCUCACAGAGAUGAGGAGUGGUUCCGUCUCAGAUACCACCCAGAGGAUAUUGAACGCCGGGACGCUGAGACCAAUGAUGCAGUGCAGAAGAGGCUGAGCGUUUACAUGUAUCUCAGAGGAAAUGGCUGGUUCGAUAAUGUCUCCCUAGACAUUCAGCAAGCCUCAGCCAUCAUAAAGGUGUUAGAUGCAGUCCAGAUAAGGUUUGAAGGGGGAACCGGAAGUGAGCUGCGGGCUCUGGAGACGCAGGGGAAGGGUGAGGAGGAGAGCAGGAAGGAGACGCCUCCAUCUGAGCCCCAAAAGCAGCAGGAGGAGGAGGACCACACUGGACAUAGACUUGCACCCAGGCCAGAGAAGGUCCAGCAGGAGGACCAGGAGAGCAGAGUAGAGAUUAGGAGACCCAAUGGGACUGCUGAGGGGAAGAUGGAGGAGAAGGAUUUGGGGAAGAGGGAGGAGAAGAUGGAGGAGAGGACGGGACAGGAGAGGCCAGAGGAGGAGAGAGGAGACGCAUGUCCACUCCCUCGCCAGCUCCACAAGACCCGGUCUCUGUUCAUGAGGAACAUCCCCCCGACUAUCUGCAAGGAGGAGAUUGUGAAUCUAUGUAUGAAGUACCCUGGCUUCAUGAGAGUGUGUCUGUCCGAGCCGCAUGCUGAAUACAGGUUCUUCAGGCGUUGCUGGGUGACUUUUGACCACUUGGCCAACAUCCAGGACAUCUGCUGGCAGCUGCAGAACGCCAAACUGCGUGAGUUUAGGCUGUCUCCAGUGGUGCACCGUGACCUGUGUCGGCGCGUGCGCAUGGCCAACGGCAUCGUGCAGCACAGGACGCUGAUGAAGGACCACCUCAGACUGGCUGAGCAGCUCAUCCGCAGCCUGGACAGCAGGUGGACCGUCUGGGGAGGAGAACAGGACAAGGGGAACCCUGUCCUGAAGAAUGUAUCGUAUCACCUGAUGGAGGAGGUCAGUGCGGAGGAGGAGGAGCUAAUGGGCCGUGUUGCCGUGGGCAACCCUCAGAGCGAGGUCACUGUGGAGAGAGACGACGACCUGGUCAAGGUGCUGGAUCGUCUGCUUCUGUACCUGCGUAUCGUCCACUCAGUGGACUUCUACAACGCCUGCCAGCAUGCCACGGAACACCAGAUGCCCAGCUGCUGCGGCUCCGUCCACGUGCGAGGGCCCGUGCCACCCAACAGGGUGCCCAGCCAACACAUGCUGGAGUGGCAGAAGAAGUUUGAGGUCAAGCUGAGGUCGUUGUUUUGGCCGAGGGAGACUCUGAGCGUAGACGAGGCGGGGAAGUUGGGCCGCAAGCACCCCUUUCAGGAAGUGGAGAAGUUCCUCAGAGCAAACACACGCGAGCUGGACAGGGACAAGUGGAAGUGUGUCCUCUGUGAGAAGAAGUUCAAGGGCCCUGAGUUCGUCCGUAAGCACCUCCUCAGCAGACAUGGGGAGCAGGUGGAGGAGGUGAGGAAGGAGGCGGCCUUCUUCAACAACUUCCUCAUGGAUCCCAAAAGACCCGACCACCCAGAGAUGAGGUCUCCGUCCCCCAUGCCUUCUAGGCCAGGACAGGCAGGAGGAGGAGCCUUCUCUCCUCAGUGUGGGUGGAGCUUCAACCAGCCCAGCCCACCUUUCAUCGGCCACGAGAGAAGCCCUUUCCCCCCAAAUGAAUAUGGAGAUGGUGGACACUUCAGCUGGUUCAGAGGAGCCCCCCAUGGAAAACCCCAGCAGAAGAGAGUAACUCACAGAGAGCCUCGUAAGGUGAACAGAAGCUACCGUGAUCUGGACGCUCCUGAUGAAGACUUCUAUUGA